AUGGCCACCGCCACUAAAGUCUCCGAUACCCUCAUGGUGAGCGAGCUGCUCGCCUUCGUGCAGAGCAAGCUGGACACAAUGGACGUGGUCAGCCUCGAGCAGAUCUGCGUCACCAGCUUCAAGGAGGCUGAGUUUGCCGCCGCCAAAAAGCUGCUCGCCGACACCGCCACCACCGCCGUGCGCCUCGUGCCGCGCCGCGGCGACGGAUGUGGCAAGAAAGAUCUUCAGGAUAUUAUCCGGGUCUUUCAGGAAACGGAUCCGGAUAAUAUCCCUACGUUCGUGGCUCGUGACCUUUACAAGCUGCCGCCGGUGACAUUCGAUCAUGUGGAUGUAACCCGGCUGCUAAAGGACAUCAUCUUGUUAAAGGCCGAAAUAGCUGAAAUUAGAGGCAAGUUAGAAGCCUCAGAACGUGCCAGCGCGAUGCAACGUGAGUCUCCGUCGCCGCGUAAUGCUGACUCUGCGAUGACCGCGUCGCCGCCUGCGCGUCAAGUGCAAGCGCAGCGGGAUCGAGUAACUGCAACUGACACCGAUUCGCGGCAGGCAAAUGACCCGCCGCCUGCGACCUACGCCGAGCGGACACGUGACGCCGCGUGCCCGCUGCGAGCCGCCGCCCCCGCGCCGCCGCGCCCCGCUGCUGCUGCACCCUCCACCAACAGGAGCCAGCAGGAGGCCCGGCUGCCGGAGCUCCGGCGGCGCCCCCCCCGUGCCCCGCGCAACACGAUUGCCGACAAGGAUGGCUUCAUAUUGGUGGAGAAGAGGAGCCCCCGUCGCCGCAACCGCAACAAGCGCGGCACCGCCCCGGCCGCCUGCUCGCUGAAGGCCGCCACGCCCACGGUCGACAUCUACGUCUCCCGCAUCCACGCGAAUAUGGCGCAUGAUAACAUCGUGCGCUAUAUUAAGGAGAGGAGUGUCGGCCGCACUGAACAGCCAGUCCAGGUGCUGGCGAUCGAGAGGCUGCAGUCCGCCAAGCAGACGGACUUCAAGUCGUUCCGUAUUCGGAUUCCCGCGGCCCAGCAGAAGGUUCUGCUGGAUAAAAACUUCUGGCCUGCGGGGAUAGUGUUCCGCCGAUACAGGGAGGCCAAACAGACUAUUAAACCCCCUGAUAAUAGUGCUAGAGUUUAG